CACUAUGUCAUUGGCCCAACCGUUCCCGUUGAAGAAAUUAAUCGUGCUACUCCGUAUAGCUUCCGUUAUUCCUCGGCCAAGAAUCCGUCAGAGGAAGAAAGAGAAAACAGUAAGCGGGAUAUUAAUAGGAACAAGAAACCAACGUCAGCCUGAGUCUGACUUAGGGUUCGACAGGCAAACUUUACCCUUUUUAUCUGUGUCUUCUCACUCAGCUUACCAGUACAUGGAGGGCUAUUAGGUAUCUAUAGGUUGGUAACUUGAUGAUCCUGCUAUCCCCACUAGUAUAUCAAUGAGACCAGAUUCUCCUCCCUCUCUUUAUCUUUCCCUGUGCUAGGUUAUUGUGCCAUCGAUAUAGUCUUAACACAUAAUGGGUUCGCAAAUUGGAGAUCCCGAUGAGAUUACUGUGCUUGUCACAGGUUUUGGUCCGUUCAGGGAACAGUAUCCCGUUAACCCCUCAUGGGAAAUCGCCAAUAGCUUGCCUUCAUAUCUUCCUCCGCUACGAGCCAAGGACCCUAACUCGAGGCAUGCGGCUGUUGUUCCACCAAAGGUACGCAUCGUGGUGCACCCUGAGGCUAUCCGUGUCAACUACAGGGUUGUGAGAGGCCUUGUGCCAUCGUUCUAUGACACGCCGCAGAAGUUUGACAUUGUCAUGCACAUCGGAAUGGCUGGUCCUCGACCAUUCUAUUCUAUCGAGAGGAGAGGUCAUCGUGAUGGAUACAAGCAUCCGGAUGUCGACGGUGAAUACAUAGACGGGGAGGAAGAGAGAGAAAGGAUUGAUUGGCCGUGGCGAGGCCUUCCAGAGGAGAUUGAGACGGAGUUGAAUCUCGAUGAGAUACUUCCUCUGUGGCAGGGGCAUAGUUCGGAGGCGGAUCUGCGCAUAUCCGAAGAUGCAGGUCACUUUUUGUGCGACUUUAUCUACUACUCGAGUCUCUCUGAGCUUUGGAAGCUGCAGAGACCUAGAAAGACGCUGUUUCUUCAUGUCCCAGCCGAUGCUUCGCCUACAAGUGUUGUGAAGGGAAGGGAGCUGAUGUUGAACCUAAUCCGAUCUGUCGUUGAGAGCGAGAUGAUCGAGAAGAAUAAACUUCUGGGGAGUAAGGCUGCUGGUGAGGAAUUGUGAUGUGGUUUUCAAGGCAGAGUAUAGGGCAUGUGAGAUGGAUCAUUAACAGGAGUUGUCAUCAUUUCAUUAUUAUAUGAAUCUCUAUGAGUGUUUUUUAGUUAAUCAAGUCUGGAGAAUCGUGCACUCGAAAUAUAAAUUUGAGAGUAUGUUAUGGUUUUGAAUGAUCAUGACAUCACACGCCGAGGUUUCAGUAUUCCAAGAGUUUCUCUCAUGAACGAA